AAUUCAUCUUGGGGUCAGCAAGUCCAGAUGAGCUGCUCCAUCUCCACUCAGUACCUGGGUGGGACAUUCACCCUACAGCAGCUCUCUGGGUCCUAUAGAGAGACAAAGGCAGCCUCAGGAACCUCUGCUGUUUUCACCAUCCGUCAGGUGGACUUUACCCAUGGAGGAUCCUACUACUGCCAGUAUCAAACACGAGUGUCUGGUCGCGAUUUCACCUCCUCUCACAGUGAUUCUGUCAGCUUGUCUGUGCACGUUACACUGCCCAAACCAGUUCUCACCCUUCCAACCGAAAGAAAUUCAUCUUGGGGUCAGCAGGUCCAGAUGAACUGUUCCAUCUCCACUCAGUACCUGGGUGGGACAUUCACCCUGCAGCAGCUCUCUGGGUCCUAUAGAGAGACAAAGGCAGCUUCAGGAACCUCUACUGUUUUCACCAUCCGUCAGGUGGACUUUGCCCAUGGAGGAUCCUACUACUGCCAGUAUCAAACACGAGUUUCUGGUCGUAAUUUCACCUCAUCUCGCAGUGAUUCUGUCAGCUUCUUUGUACAGGUUACGCUGCCGAAACCAGUUCUGACCCUUCGAACUGAAAGAGUUUCAUCUUGGGGUCAGCAAGUCCAGAUGAGUUGCUUCAUAUCCACUCAGUACCUGGGUGGGACAUUCACCUUACAGCAGCUCUCUGGGUCCUAUAGAGAGAGAAAGGCAGCCUCAGGAACCUCUGCUGUUUUCACCAUCCGUCAGGUGGACUUUGCCCAUGGAGGAUCCUACUACUGCCAGUAUCAAACACGAGUGUCUGGUCGUGAUUUCUCCUCCUCUCGCAGUGAUUCUGUCAGCUUCUCGGUUCAGGGUGAGAUGUUGAUGAAUUGUGGUCACUUGUAACAUGUUCUUCUGUUCAGAUGCCGUUGUUUCCUUUCACAAAAUCUUUUUUAUUAUUUUUUUCCUUGUAAUAAGCAAUGUCUAUCUUUCCUUUACAUUGCAUUUUAGUAGUAUUCUAUUAUGGAAGCUUGGCCAUUAAGUGGAUGAGUGAGUCUUGUUCUUCUGGCAUUGCAAUAGCACAGUAUAAGUGUGAGUUAUCUUUGUUAGUUGUGUACCUAGCUAAGCCUGGUCCUGUCCAAAUAUGUAUAAUGGGCAUGUCAGCAUUUUGCAAGAAAAACAUUGCUUGAUAAAGAGAAAUUUGCUAUAGCUUUACAUAGAUCGACUAUUUGUGUAAUGUUACCAGCUGGUAUGUACUGUACCUGUGCAGUAUGCACAUUAGAUAAACCUCCCUCUCAGCACUUUAAAAGAUGAUAUGAAGAGAGAGCUACCACCCUAAGCUUUUAGCUUAGAUGCUAGCACACUUGACUCCCAUUCUGAAUUGCUGUGAGUUGCAGGUUCGAUUCCAAGCCAGUGCAGCACUGAUCUGUGCAGUCAACACAACACAGGUUACAGAUGAACAUGAAGAAAGCAGAGAAUGUGGAAUUCUUAGAGAUACAUUUCACUGUUAGCUGAGGAAACUGAUGUUCUUUAUUGUUUUCUUCCCAGUUACACUGCCCAAACCAGUUCUCAUCCUUGGAACGGAAAGAAAUUCAUUUUGGGGUCAGCCUGUGCAGAUGAACUGCUCCAUCUCCACUCAGUAUCUGGGUGGGACAUUCACCCUACAGCAGCUCUCUGGAUCCUAUAGAGAGACAAAGGCAGCCUCAGGAACCUCUGCAGUUUUCACCAUCCGUCAGGUGGACUUUGCCCAUGGAGGAUCCUACUACUGCCAGUAUCAAACACAAGUGUCUGGUCGUGAUUUCACCUCCUCUCGUAGUGAUUCUGUCAGCUUCUCUGUGCACGUUACACUGCCCAAACCAGUUCUCAUACUUGGAACGGAAAGAAAUUCAUCUUGGGGUCAGCCUGUGCAGAUGAACUGCU